AUGUGCACUUUUAAAAGCUACCUUUCUUUUUUGCCUGUCUUUCUCCAUCUCCUCUUGCAGAUAGCCGAGCUAGUGGCUACAGAGUUCUUUGAGCAAGGGGACAAGGAGAGACAAGAACUCAACAUUGAACCAAUAGAUCUGAUGAAUCGGGAAAAGCGGGAUAAGAUUCCGAGCAUGCAGGUAUCGUUCAUCGAUGCCAUCUGUACACAGCUGUAUGAGACCCUGGCUGGUAUGUCCGAGUCCUGUUCCCCACUACUCGAGGGCUGCCAGAAGAACAGACAGAAUUGGAAGAUUCUGUCCGAACAGGGCGACAAAAGCUUCUUCAACGGAGUGGUCUAGAAAUGGUCAACGUCCCUCCUCCAUCCCCACUAUCACUCCAACCCUACACCACCCCACCCCCGAGCAGACCACAURAACARUAAGCUAUAUUUAUUACCAUAGUCUUUUUUUUAUUUUUGCACAAAGUCGACUCCCUACAUGAAGGAAGUCUCACUAUAGUAUAUCCCUGAGUCGGAGGAAGUGAAGUAGACUGGACAGGAGAGAGGUUUGAGUGUGCGCGGCUACUAUCGGCCUACUGAGCUCCAAGGGAGCAAUAUGACACCAUAGUACUGGAGACAGACAGACCUGGGUUCAAACAGUAUUUGAAAUCGCUCAAAUKAUUUGAGCUUGCRCGGAGUGCCAGAUGGGCGGGGCGGGAUUUGUACAAUGGACUGGUGCAAUUGCACCAGGAAAGCUCAAUUAAAGGUUACAAAUACUAUUUGAACCCAGGUCUUAGUACAGAUACAACUUUACUUUCACCACAGUACGACGCUUGUUUGUAACACCAGGGUGCACGCACACACCAGAAAGGUUUUGAGAGAACGUACAUUUUUGUAACAUUGUCACUCGUUAUAACUAUUGCAUAUUUAUGUUUUAUAUAUUUAUUCGAUUUCUAUACUGUAUCGUCAGUUUCAUGUUGAGAACACACACACGUCUUUAUAAAACAAUGUACGUUUUAUUACCGAACGAUCCAAAUGUCUCUGCAUUGAAAACUUCACCCGACCAUUCAUGUGUGUAUUUUUUUAGGUGUUAUAUUAUUUUAACUUUGCAAAUUGUAAAGGAGCCAAAGACUAGACACGUGGUCUAGAAGAUUCCACUGCCUUCCUGUGACAUAGGUAUGAAAGGUCCAAUUUCACACCUAAAAAAUAACCCAUUUGUAUGUAGACACUUGUCCACCCUGUUGGCCCUCAUAAUGGACCAGCCCAGCUGGUUGUCCUUUUUUUGACAUUCCCUUUUUUAAACGUGUUGAAUGUGAGGCUGGGGUGUCUAGCUGAAAGCAGAGCUUGACAGUCGGAAGCCCAAAAUCAAUUUGCAAUGUUGUCAGUCUACCUUGAGGUAAUUUGUAUUCGUCUUUAUAGUGGAACAUUUUAAAAUGGCAUUAUAGAUUUUUUUUCUUCAUUUUUCCAUUUCUUCCAAUACAGGGAAUGACAGGACUGAAUAACCACCCACUAUCAAUCCGAAAAUGACUUGUCUUUCUCUAAACUUUCUGCCUCCAACAUUCACACGAUAUACUAUAGUAGUUUUCAGGUAGAUAUGUGAACUGCGUCACUGUCAUUCACAGGAGAAACUCAUCCAAAUGUUACUUAACCAUGUCCUAACUGCAGCACUUAUCCGUGUAGACGUACGUGGUCACUCCGAGAACCGUGGUUGUAUUUUGUACUUGAAGAAGUUUCCAGAAAUACUGUUGUUCCUGAUGUUGUGCUUUUUAAAAAAUGAGGAUAGUUGCUUUUCUUUUUUCAACUCCACAGCUUUGGUCUCCGAUUGGUAUUUCUAGAAAAUAUGUGUUACUUCACCAAUGAUAGACCUGUGUGUUGCAUGUGAAGUUACAGCAUCUAUAAAGAUGGCUGGGUGUAGUCACAGGACAGCAGCCCUGUUGGUUGUUAGUGGAGGCUGAGGUAAUAUGACAUGUAUAAUGGUUCCGUGUGAAGACACGACGGGUUUCCCCCUCCUGCUCGGUGACUCUGAAGAACACUGUGAGACAAGUUGAAUGGUACAUCCCAUUAAAAGGAUACUGCUUAUU